AUGUGUGCCGAUACUUCUGUUUACCGGAAUUGCCCUGGUAUGCUUUAUUCCCCUUACUUCCGGCAAAACGUCGUACUUACCAUUCGCGAUGAUCAGGCAUCGAAUUCUCCGGCCCUCUUCAACCUUCCUGAUGUCCUUCGUUUCGAGCACCUGCCCCUCAACCUCGGCACCAUUGGAGCGUUAAUCUAUUCGACAUUCUAUAUUCUACUGGAACCGGUUGCUGGGGCCCUGAUCGCACCAAUUAUCAUUGGUGGCGCGGCGUUCGCAAACCACCUCCUGACUACCUAUGGCACGGAUAUGAACUACUGGUUUGGUGGAAUUCAUGUUGCGUCCUGGUUGCUCCAGUUUGUCGGUCACGGUGCAUUCGAACGUAGGGCACCGGCUUUGCUGGACAACCUGGUCCAGGCGCUCCUUCUUGCUCCGCUUUUCGUUUGGAUGGAGAUCCUCUUCUUCUUCGGUUAUCGCCCAGAACUGAAGGCGAGGUACGACCAGAGUGUUCAGAAGGAGAUUGCUGGCUUCAAGGAGAAGAAGAAUAAGGGCGGCAAAUAA